CAUUUCACUAAUGUCAAAAAUCUGUCAUAAUUGUGAAAAUUAUCUGCUUAAAGUAUCGAAAAGUCUUUAGUCUUUGAGGCUUUUUUAAUUAAUUAUCACAAAAUAUGAGUUCUUUCAGAAUGCUAAACUUGUCCAGAACUGUGGUUCGUACACUUACCACAUCUGCUCCACGCCGUGCCGCUGCAAAGAAUGAAGUAGAAAAAGGCUACUUCGAAUUGAAGAAGGUGCAGGAGCACUUCCAAAAGCCCGAUGGCAAACCAGUGUUCCUUAAGGGAUCAUUUGUCGAUCAACUUUUGUACCGUUUAACCGUCGCUCUCAGUUUGGCCGGUAUUGGUGGUAUGGCGAAGUUGUUCUACGAUUUGAGCGUUCCAAAAAGCCAAGAUUAAAUGCUUAACAACAAUGGCUAUCUACGCAUCUGUAAUUAAUGUUUUAAAUUAAGCUUUCAAAGUAUAAAAAUAUAUGACUAACUUGGAUGUAUUUGUGUAUGUUUCCUGUUUUGUGUUGCAGAACGGUGGAGUAGUGCAAUUCCUAUUGUCUUAACUACCCAUAAAUGUUUUAUGUUAAAAGCUAAACAUUCACGUCAAUGCAUUUAAAACAUGGAAAUAUAUGUAAUACAAAUGAUA